UCGCCAACACACGUCAGACGCCCUGAAUCCUCCAGUUUCGAGUCACGAUCGGGUCCAAAAGAAGCCGGAAAUCACCAGUCCGAACUAGCACAAAUUUACCAGAAUAUUGUUCAGGUUUCUCUGAACCGAUUGGAACCCGCUACUUCGGCAUUGGUCACUGUUCUCGGAGCAAAUACCCCGCGACGCGCAAAUACGCGGGGCAGAAACGCAAUUGUCGCGGACUCACGACCCAUCAUUUGUACAUAUAAAGAAUCAUAUUUAUACAUUUCAAACGCGAGCACCUGCGCCAAACUUGCCAGGAAUGGAAGACACGCAGACGAGCGGCUCCUCCCAGAGCGGUGCCUCUCUCCUCUCACAAGUCACGGAUGGCGCAUACAUCGACGUCCUGACGUCCCCGGCCGCCAAGAGCCUCAUCACCAACUUCACCCGCAACCUCGAAGCGCAGGCUUCCGAGGAGGACAGCAGCCUCGCAUCGGCAUCGCAAGAGUCACUCACAGAAGAUGAGAUCGCCGUUGGUCUCGCUGCUCUCAACGCUUUCCUCCAGGCGAACGUGACGGGACCGGUGCUUGAACGGGCCGCAAAGGUCGAGGAGCUCUUCAUUGAGGCGUCCACAGCAAAGACGUUCUCCUCGGAGACAUCUGACACCCUCAAGACGCUGCGAAAAAACAGCUUCAAGGCCCUCGACGUCGACGGCGUCUCACCGUACCCUUACAUUCCCCACAUCGAGCUCUUCGCCCUCGCCCGCUACGCCUUUACCGAGCGUUCGCCUGCCAGCGACGCAGUAGUCAGGCUCUCGUCGUCUCGCCUCAGCCUGCCGUGGACCCGCCUGCGCAUCAAUGUUUGGCACUUCAAGCUGCUCAGUCAGCCCUCGCUCGGCCCGGGCUCCAACUUUGCCAAAUCGUCGCAGUGGAUCGACGUGCCGACCCUGGCGGAGCAGAUCAACCUUGGCAUGGAAACCGUCAGGAAGCAGGUCCUCGACGACGACGUGUGGUCGACAAGCGAAGAUGCCUGGACGCGCGAAGAGAAGUUGCAGCUGCUGCUCGAGACGGCCAACACGCACAUCAUGCUGGGCCGUGACGACAAGGCGCGCGAGGCCUUGAAGGAGGCGACCGAGCUGAGCAAGUUCGCGUAUGCCCUCUCGGGCGCGCUCGGAAAGCGGACAAAGUUUCAGGAGAAGAGCACCAGCCAGCUUGUCGUCCUCGCCAAGAGCGACUCGCCGGCAGACGCGCCGGCAGCGAGCGCGGAGGACAGCGACACAAAGACCAAGCCCGAGGCCGUGGCGCUCAACGACGAUACUCUGCUCGAGGAGAUUCACUUCUCCAAGGAGGCCAGCGGCAAGCAUGGUGAGCUAGCGGCCUCGCCCUCUGGCCUCCCGCCGGCGUUGGCGGACAUCUCUCCCGACGAGCAGCCCCAGCUGUCGCCGCUCGACCAGAUCAUCCUCCUAACCGAGGCGACGCUCAAGGACACUUUCUCUCCCGUCGACACCCUCACGUCCGAGGAGGUCCUGCCGUACGCCGUGCGCGUCGUCUCGGACAAGGCGACCAACUGGCAGAUCUACACCCAGGCCCUGCUCGUUCGCUCCCGCAUCGAGAUCCACCGCAGCAGGACCGUCGAGCGAGGCGUGCUGCAGAUGCAGGCUGUCGUCGACCAGGUCGUCGUCGACACCUCCGAGGCCCCGCGGCCCAGAGCCGAAGACGUUGCCAACGACGACGAGCCUGAGGUCCCGGCCAUCGCCGUCACUGCCCCCGGUGAGACAGCGGCCCCCGUCGACACCGAGAAGCCGACGUCCUUCUUCCCUGCCGCCAAGGAUACCGACACUGCACCGGCGCACGUGCGCCUGCAGUACAUCCACGCGCUGUCUUCGCCGCCCAAGUGGCACCUCGAGUCCGAGCUUGCCUACUCUUGGGCCGGCGUCGGCUCCCUCGUCUCGGCCCUCGAGAUCUUCAAGCGCCUGCGCCUCUGGGCUGAGGUCGCCCUUUGCCUCGCCAGCAGCGCCUCUGCCGACGACGACUCGGGCCGCGGUAACGGCGGCGAAGAAAAAGCCAAGGCCCUCGUCCGCUGGCGCCUGUUCCACCGCACGGGGCAGCCCGUCGUCGAGAACGCCGACCCUGACGCCGAGGACCUCGGCCGCGACGUUACGUACCUCAACCCGGCCGACUUCACCGGACCCGAGCGCAGCCCGCCGCCGCCCAACGCGCCGCGGCUGUUCUGCAUCCUCGGCGACCUGGAGGAGGACCCGGCGCACUGGGAGCGAGCGUGGGAGAUCUCCAAGCACCGGUUUGCUCGCGCGCAGAAGUCUCUGGGCGAGUGGUACCUCGCACGCAAGGAGUGGACCAAGGCGCAGGACGCGUACCGGCUGGCGACCAAGUGCAACCGGCUUAGCCCCGAGAUGUGGGGGAGGCUGGGCGACAUCAGUCUGCGGCUGGGACACUUCGCGGACGCGGCGGAGGCGUACAGCCGCGCCAUCGGCGCCGCGGGCGACGUCGUCGGCGGCGAGGACGCCAGGACGUGGAGCAACCUCGGCAGCUCGCUCUGGAGCAUGUACCUCGAGGCCGUUGAGGAGGCGAAGAAGCAGAUCAUCGAGGAGAAGAAGGCGGGCGGCGUGGACGCCGACGAGGUUCAAGAUGACGACAACGACGACGAGGAAAACGACGAGGAGCCUAGCCAGGGGGAGAAGAUCAAGCCCCACGAUCCGGCCACGCUCCUCUCGCAGUCCCUGGCGGCCUACAAGCGCGGGGCCUCCAUCGCGCAGGAUAACUGGCGCAUCUGGGACAACGUGCUCACGCUCGCGUCGCGCAUGCGGCCCCCGGCCAUCGUCGACAUGGUGCAGGCCCUGCGCGCCAUCAUCCGGAUUCGCAACACCGAGGACGCGCUCGACGACGACGUGCUCCGCGCGCUGCUGCAGGAGGGCGUGCUGGCCAAGGAGAAGGAGGAGACGGACGAGAGCAAGGCGGGGGGAGUGUACACGCCGCCGCGCGGGACGGUGGAGAAGGCCGUCGUGGGGCUGCUGGAGGAGGGCGUCGCGCCGCUGAUCACGACGCGCUCGGAACUGUGGGAGCUGAUCGUGCGGGAGCGCGUGUGGCGGAGGGACUACGCCGGCGCCGUGGACGCGGCGGAGAAGGCGUGGAGGGCGGCGAUGGGGGCGGGUGCCGGCGGUGGGCUGACGGCGUCGGCGGCCGGGUCGGGAGGCGCGGACCAGAGCCGGAACUGGCUCGUCGACGCGGGCGCGUGGAGGGCGGUCGUGGCGAGGACGGACGAGCUGGUGAGCGUGCUGGAGAACUUUGGGGGCGAGGUCGAGAGCGUGGGCGCCAAGUGGAGGGGGAAGGCGAGGAACGCGGUGAGGAGCGUGAUGAGUCGCGGGCGGGAGGCGUGGGAGGGGACGGAGGAGUGGAGGCAACUGGAGGGGAUCAUGGAGGGGUUGAAGCUGUAGAUGGAAGGGCGGUCCGUGGAUACGGCAUGUUUGGUACUGAAAGACGGUGACUGGAUAUUGUCUUCUCCCCAACCCCACCACCACCUUGCCCCUAUAUCGAGUGUUGCUAUUCUUCGUUGAUACCGGUACUGAGUCAAAGUGAGACCCUGGGUAUCGUCCUGGCAAAAAACAUCGUUGGGGGUUGUCCAUGGUGUCGCUGAGCACCUCGUCGAGGUCCGAAGGACU